AUGGUGUCUUCUUGCGUCUCUAACAGGAUACAAAAGCCUGCACAGAGGUUCGGCAUUGGUUUGUCAGAAAUAUGCUGCCGGGCCCUCCGUCCCGCCUCCCGCUUCCCGGCGGGAUGGGAUGGACGGCGCCUCGCCCUCCCCGUUGCGGAACGUUUAGAGGCCGGAACCUGCUGCCCGCCUGGCGGGGAAGAGGCGGGGGAUGAGAAAAGAGCGGGCGCGGCGCCGCCGCCGCCAUUGCACAGGUUCCGCUCCCGCCAUUCCCGGCCUGCCCCGGCCAUGUACCGGCCGGGAUUCCGCGCACCGACACCUCCCUACGCGGGCGGUGGCUUCCGGAGCCCUCCCUCCGGCGGAGGACCCUUGCCGCCCUCUCCGCGCGGCUACGGUAGCCCCCAGCACACGCCGCCCUACGGCCACCGGCCCGGGCCGUACGGCAGCGGCCUCUCGCCCCGAGGCCCCGGGUUCCGCGGGCGCUUCGGCAGCCCCUCGCCGGGGACGCAGACCCCAUGCAGGCCGCAGAGCGUCAGUCCCCGGUACCCGGCUCCGUACGGCGGCGCGUCCCCCGCCGGAGCGCCUCUGCACCCACUGCCGCAGCACAAGCGCUCGCCCGGCGGCUUCCAGAGGCACUUCCAGGGAUCACCCAGGACAUCUACUCCAUUUGGUACAGCGCAUGGCAGAGAGAAAAGAGUGUCUAAUGAUGUGGAAAACUAUUACAGACCUUCAAUGCUUGAGGACCCAUGGGCUGGCCUAGAGCCAGUGUCUGUUACAGACAUAAACCAGCAAUACAGCAGUGAGCAAACAACAUGUACUGGUAAAAAAGGGAGGUAUUUCAGCUAACACUUUUAAAGGCCAAAUAAUUCCAUCUUGUCAGGAAAACUUUGGGACAGAAUCUUUACACUUACACAAGAUGAACAAUAAUCAAGACCUUAGAUAAUACUUCUAUUUCAUCACGUCCACCCUUUUAUCCUACCUUUUUUUAUUGCAUUGGAUAUUUUUAUGUAUGGGAGGCAAAAGGAGUGGUAGGAAAACUUACAUUUCUGGCUAUGUGGAAGUGCCUACCAGCUCUGAAGAACAAAGUGUUCUUUAAUCACCAGCGACUGAUUUGUGACUGUUAAAACAAGUUUCCAUAUACUUACCUCUCCCAUGCCAGAUCGCUAGCCUUUUAUUGUAAAGUCUCUUAGGAAGUGGUAUUUUUUAUGUUUCAACAUUUUUAGAUUGGAAUAACUUGGAAAUAAAAUAAAGUUUUGCAAAUCCUUGUUUUGUAAUAUAUAAAGAAUAUUUUAGGAGCUUUGUUGAGGUGAACACAUAACACAGUAAUUCACAACACUGAAAUUAGGUGACUUCUGUAAGCUUGUAUGCUGUAGUUAACAUCUGGUUUUGUGCAUAAUAAUUUUUGUUAAUUGCAGUGUAAUGUGAAGUUGAAACAUGACUUAUAGCCAUCUCAGUAAACAAAUGUAUUUGUUUUGGAAAGUUUAAUUUGUUGAACAAACUCAAGUCACAAACUUAAUUCUGGAAUUAUUUGCUUUUGUGUUUAAAUAUAUAUAUAUUUGGAUCAAUAUUAUAAAUUUCUGGAUUAUAGUAACAAGUCUGUUCAUUGACAAUUUAAGUCUAAUGAACACAUAAAACAUCAAGCUUAAGUAAAUGCAAAUGUUCUUUCUGGAUCCACCUGCUAGAAUAGUGCAGAAUGAAUGACAGGUUUUGUUACACAGUUGGCAUUAGUACCUGCAUAGCAUCUUUUUUAAUCAGUUUUAUAUUUUUCAAUUAUUUUUUAUUUUUACUUAGAGCAGGCAUCAUUGCCAGGAGGAUUGUUUUGUGUGUGUACAUGCUAUGUUUUUAUACUGAAGAGGAAAGCAAUGCUUUGGGUUUUUUUAGAGCUUAUCUUUACAUGGAAGAUCCAUGCUUAAAUCCAGGAGUGAAUACCAUAAUGUAGAAUAAGAAAAGACAUAGUUCCAGCUGCAGGCAUGUUCUUAACUUGGCAUGUUAAGCCUGCAGCAGGUAGAUAAAUUUGUUGUUGAACAUACCAGUAUUUGUUUGUUGAUCUUGGCUUUUAAGCCAAGGUAGAGUGUAAAAACUUUGUUAAAAGAAAACGUUAGUUUAGUUUUCAAAAUAUAUGUGUUCUUUUACGCUUCUUAUGUACUCAAAACAUAUUUUUGUAGUCCUGAGGCAUGGUUAGGUAGAAAAGCACAGGAAAUCCCAAUAAACUGUUCUUACUAACUUGUCUUUUGCUGAGGUAGAAUAGUCCUCUGUACUCUUUAUCUGUUUCAGCAUAAGAUUUGUUAGGUUAAUAUUGCCUUCAGGAACAACUUCUAACUGUAAGGGGAGGCUAAUAUGUUCAAAUGUGCUGAGUCUCUUGCACUCUUAGGACCACAAUCUAAAGUAUGUGACUUGCGUCUUCCCCCAGUGGACCCUAUUAUUUUAGUAUUAUAUCCAAAAAGACUGCCUCAAGAACUGAGAACUUAAUGCCUGCUGGAUAUCAAGAAUGGUUAAAUCUUCAUCCCAGAAUAAAAAAAUGGUGCCUUAAAUGGCAGCUAUCAGUAUUGUUAUCUGUAAUAGGUACCAGCUAAACUGAGAUGACAAGUGGCAGAAUUUAUACGUAAGUUAAUCAACAUUAUUGUGAAAAUUGAAGUGUAAAGUUUUCUUUCCUUUUUUGUUCUUUAAACCUUGUCAGGUGCUGUUAAGCUCACAGAAAAAAAAAAAAAAGUUGUACUGUGCUUAAUCAAGUGCCCUGUUUUGUUGCCGUUUCCCAUGUAAUUGAAAUGCAGUUUAUUUUUUGCAAUAUUUGGUGAUCUUGGAUAAACAAAUAUGAUUUUAUUUGAGAGUGAAUCCAUGAUGUGUUCUCAGUUAGACAUGAUAAGAGUCUGGGUUUGGAAGGGAGAAAGGAAAGGUAAGGGAUUCCUGAGAGAAAAGAGACUGUUAGAGGUGGGACUUCUUACACAGUAACCAGUAUAAGCUUCCCUUGCACAUUGCAAAGAUGGAUUUUUCCACUUUGGCACUGCAGUUGACCCAGGCAUCAAAGCCAGACUCCUCUGGUAAUAACUCUUAACUCCUGGAACCAGGUGUCAGACAUCAGUGAAGGUAAAUGUUCCAGAAAGAGAACUGAGGAAAUAAUCAUGAAACACUAUUUAAUCCAUGCAGACCUUCCACAAUGCCGUCUGUUAAAUUGCUACUUCAGUGCACUUCAGGAUAUGACUCAACAAUUUUAAGUACAUCAUACUUCUAAAGGCUACAGUCAUUUGGUCAAGAAUCAGCACCAAAAACUUAAAAAUCAUUCACCUUUCUGGCUGCUGGGAGAAAUUCUGUAAUUACAGUAAAAUUUAAAUAUGUCACUGUUGGAGAGCUGUAAAAUGCAUGAACACAUGUUCAGAACUAUAAAUAUAAUGUUCUUGAAGUCAA